GAUAAACAUAAAACCAAUUGAUUUUCCCUGUCCUAGUCAGCUAGUACUGAAGAUGUUUUGAUGGCUGAUUUAGAAGCAGGAGAAGCAUUAUAAUUCCACUUUUUACUAUCAUUGCUAGCACUCUUAUUGUGGUCAAGUAACUAUACUGUUCUUGCCUGGCUGAAAUGGCCAAAGAGGCCCUCGUUGCUGGGAACUGCCUGUAUGGCAGUUACUGUUGCUGACAACUGUGUUCAUUGAGGUCAGUGGAAAGAUUCCCAUGACUUCAUUGAGGUUUGAAAUUGAGAAACCGAAUCUAAGUUUGGAUGCUUAUGAGACAUCAUACUGCAUUGUCAUUGAAUCAUUCAGCUAAAUGUGUAGGUAUUUUUAUAUUUUUUAUGUAGCUAUACUUGAUUUUAUGAAGACUUAAUGCUAAUUGCAAAACAAAUACUCUCCAGGCAGAAAAACUGCAGAGUCAGAUCCAUAGCUCUUUAAAACCAGUUUCUGCUGGGGUGUGAAGUAGUUCUUACAAAAUAAGAAUGCAAAAUAAUGUAGAUGAUCAUUACAUGGCCAUAUUUAUGGUCCAUUUAUGGUCCAAUAUAUCUCUUGUCACCUUUUCAUGCUGUAUUUGCUUUUAGAAUAAAAGCACAAGUGUUCUAAAGGCAACUCUGAAAACAGGUGGACAUUAAUUAGAAUCUUUUAGGCUGAAAACAACAGGAUCACAUAUCAAAAGGAUCACAUAUCAACAUCUGAAACUUGCAGCAUGCCUGCAGAAAUACUGUAAUGGGGGCCCUGAUGAGUUAUGCCUGGAGCGAUUAAAAACUGCCAUGCUCACUUUCAGCAUACAUCGUUAUUUAAAUGAAUACCAUGUUAUAAAAUAUGCGUUUUUGUAACCAAAAGAUUCUGAAAUGCCAGUUUUGGACCCAGACUUCACAUUCUGAGAGUGCUUGGAUCCAUUUGUUGUGACAUGUUCAUUGCUAUUUUUAACUUGUGUAAUAAGAAUUUAAUCUUAUUUGUUACAAGCUCCAUCAUACUGAAGGCAUUCAAAAAGCUUUAUAGUACAUAAUAAAUAAUGCUGGUCAGUAGCUUACAAGGCCUAUGUUUUUUUUCCCCUCCAGAAUGCUACCAGAUACGUGUAAAGCCCAUAUCCUAUCUGCUUCCCACAUACAUCUCAAAAGCAGGAUACAAACUACUGAAAACAAAUGGGGAAGAGGUGGGAGAAGUCACACCAUAUUUGCUCCUGUUGUGCAGCCAUUUUACUUCACAGCAGUUCCAUGACUUUCUUAUUUGUGGAAAGGAUGGAGUGAGGUAGAAAUGUGCAAACUGCUCUUCUAACCUGUUUGUGGCUCUAAAAUUGGUUCAAAGUCUCUGAGCAGGGCAGGCAACAGGUUGAAUGUGAUUUUCAAGUUCAGUGCAACCGAGAUGCCCAGACAAUUUCCAAAGCUGAACAUCUCUGAGGUUGAUGAGCAUGUACGACUUCUAGCAGAGAAAGUGUUUGCUAAAGUUCUCAGAGAAGAAGACAGCAAAGAUGCGUUGUCACUAUUCACCGUGCCUGAAGACUGCCCUAUUGGGCAGAAGGAGGCCAAGGAAAGGGAACUGCAGAAGGAACUGGCAGAACAACAGUCUGCAGAAACAGCUAAAAGGAAGAAAAGUUUCAAGAUGAUUCGAUCCCAGUCUUUGUCAUUACAAAUUCCAUCUCAGGAAUGGAAAGCACCAUUGGCCAAUCCUGUUCUGUCUCCUGCAACGCCAGUUGUUCCAAGUGCUUUUAUGCCAGUCCAAGUGCCAUACGAUGUGCCAGAGUUUCAGAGAGUUUCGAUUAGCGGGGACUACUGUGCAGGGGUUACAGUUGAUGAUUAUGAACAAGCUGCCAAGAGCCUGGUGAAGGCUCUUCUCAUUCGAGAAAAGUAUUCACGUCUUGCCUACCAUCGCUUCCCAAGAACAACAUCUCAGUAUUUGUGUAGUAUGCAAGAUGAAAAAUGGAAAGUUGAAGAUGAAGUGUAUCCAGAUUUCCAUUCACCCCCAGAAGAAAACGAAGAUCCUUACAAUCUUGAUGAUGCUCCAGACAAUUUGGAUUAUGUUAUCAAGAUAAAAGGUGGCAUUCCCUUUGUUUAUGAUAACAAAGAAAUGAUGGAACUCAAUGAGCCUCGGAGUCUGCCAUAUCCUGACCUUGAGACAUACACUCUUGACCUGAGCCACGUUCUUGCUCUAAUUGCAGAUGGUCCAACGAAAACAUAUUGUCAUCGGAGGCUUAACUUCUUAGAAUCUAAAUUUAGUUUACAUGAGAUGUUAAAUGAAAUGUCGGAAUUUAAAGAAUUAAAGAGUAAUCCCCAUCGAGACUUUUAUAAUGUGAGAAAGGUUGAUACUCAUAUCCAUGCUGCUGCUUGCAUGAACCAGAAACACUUAUUAAGGUUUAUUAAGCACACAUAUCAAACGGAGCCCGACAGGAUUGUUGCAGAGAAGAAAGGCAAGAAGAUGACUUUAAAGCAAGUCUUUGAAAGCCUUCACAUGGACCCUUAUGACCUCACUGUAGACUCUUUAGAUGUCCAUGCAGGUCGUCAAACGUUUCAUAGAUUUGACAAAUUCAAUUCCAAGUACAAUCCAGUUGGUGCCAGUGAGCUGAGGGACUUGUAUUUGAAAACUGAGAACUACAUUGGUGGUGAAUAUUUUGCUCGUAUGGUCAAGGAAGUAGCCCGUGAACUAGAAGAAAGUAAGUACCAGUAUACAGAACCCCGCUUAUCCAUUUAUGGACGGUCUCCAGAUGAAUGGCUGAACUUGGCAAAAUGGUUCAUUAAGCAUAAAGUUUAUUCCCCUAAUAUGCGCUGGAUAAUUCAGGUUCCCAGAAUCUAUGACAUAUUCAGGUCAAAAAAUAUUCUGCCUAGUUUUGGGAAGAUGUUGGAGAACAUCUUUGUACCUUUGUUUGAAGCAACAAUCAAUCCCAAAGACCACAAAGAAUUGCACCUUUUCCUCAAAUAUGUGACUGGCUUUGACAGUGUUGAUGAUGAGUCCAAACAUAGUGGCCAUAUGUUCUCUGACAAAAGCCUUAACCCUGACCUCUGGACCAGUGAGAAGAAUCCCCCGUAUAGCUAUUAUUUGUAUUAUAUGUAUGUGAACAUCAUGUUGCUAAACAACCUUAGAAGGGAAAGAGGCAUGUGUACUUUUCUGUUUCGACCGCACUGUGGAGAAGCUGGGUCUAUCACACACCUUGUAUCAGCCUUUCUGACAGCAGACAACAUUUCUCAUGGAUUGCUAUUGAAGAAGAGUCCUGUCCUCCAGUAUCUUUAUUAUCUUGCACAAAUACCCAUUGCUAUGUCCCCACUUAGUAACAACAGCCUAUUCCUGGAGUACUCAAAAAAUCCACUACGGGAAUUUCUACAUAAGGGACUUCAUGUCUCUCUCUCCACGGAUGAUCCUAUGCAGUUUCAUUAUACAAAGGAAGCUCUCAUGGAAGAAUAUGCUAUUGCAGCCCAGGUGUGGAAACUAAGUACCUGUGACUUGUGUGAAAUAGCAAGAAACAGCGUACUACAGAGUGGAUUGUCAGAUAAGGAAAAACAGAAAUUCUUAGGGGCGAAUUACUGUAAAGAAGGGCCUGAAGGAAAUGACAUUCGAAAAACAAAUGUAGCACAGAUCCGGAUGGCCUUCAGGUACGAGACACUGUGCAAUGAACUUAGUUUCCUGUCUGAUGCUAUGAGAACAGAAGAGAUUUCUACUCUGACAAAGUAAUUACAAACUCAAAGAAACCAGAACAUAUCACUCCUAAGUAGGAUAAACUGCUAAUUAACAUUGAAUCGUCUUUGAUGCUGUCAAGACAUAACUGAACAGUACAGAAAGAAAAGAUUAUCUAUGGAAGGUAAACAGUGUUUGCCAUUAUUUUUUAAUGCAUUAUUCUCAUUGCAAAAACUUCAGUUUUUUUCAACAUUAGGCUUUGUAAGAUGGCUGUAAAUACUAAAUGCAAACUCAGAUUCAUGUAAUAUUUGUUUCAUGCUGUCUUAACUGUACACUAUAUUGUAGCUUGGAAAACAACAGAGAAUAUUCGUAGCGCAUCUGUGAUAUGCACCUUAGGAUUCUGCAGAUGUGGAACAGUACACAUGCACCUGGUUUUGUCCUGCUAUUCUCAGCAUCAGUCAUGGCAUUUAGCACUUGUAAGUUUAACCCUUUAUCAUUAGCAGUUUGUAUGGGGUGCAUAAUUUUGAGGCUAGCCUUUCGUUCUGGAAGGUGUUCUGACACAGUUUUUAUCUUAAUGUUUCAGCAGUUAGACUGGAAAACAAGAAAAACCAAAAUCAGGUAGUCUUGUUUAAUGACUAAUUACGUCCUGUUGUCAUGUAGGAUGUCUGUGAAGAACAGCAGAUUAAUGCUUUUUAAUCUAGUAAGUAGAAAACAUGGUGUCAAAAUCAUCACUAUUGUACAUUGUAAUAAUAAGUCUAAUUAUAUCAUGAAAACUUUGCCUUGAAAGGUGAGAACACUUUUUUAUUGCUUUGUAAUGGGAAUAUGUGGAUAUGCCAGUUCAAAUUACUCAGAAAUUUAUGCAGAUAAUUUUGGUUGCAUGUAAAGAGAAAUUUUUUACUUGAACAAAGGAAGUGUUCUUAUGAAUCAGUGGUAGAAACUCCAGACGUGGGUUCUGGUCCUACUUCUGACAUCUUUUUUACACAUUUGCAUUAGUUCGUAUUUUAGUCAGUUAGAGUUGAAUGAGAAGUCAAACUGUCUAUUUGUACAGAAGCUAGCCCACUUGAAAGAGGGCAUUUCAAAUCAUGUUAAACUUUUUAUUUAUGAUGGAGUGGCUAGUAAAAUACAGCUACUGGAAUAUUUAUCACUUUCACUCUUUUUUCUAUUUGUUCAUCCUUCUUAAGACACAGUACUAGACAUUCAGAAAAGAGUAAAGAUUAUAACAUGAUGAUAGCAUCUAUAUGUACUGUGGAAGCUGCAUGUAGUUUCACACCCAAAAAGACUUGAGGCUAGGGGCAGCAGAGGAUGCUGAUGCCUUUAAGUCCAACAUUACACUUCUUGAGACCGAGAGUCCCUAAGCUAGGAUAACAAGCCUACGGUUAGAGCCUUUGGGAUCUCAUAUAAUACAGAGGGAGGUUAGGCAGCUUUGGAGAGUAAUUGAAAAUUCAUGCACAAAAAAGACAAAUAAUGAAUACUAACCCAUCAAGCCUCACUAAACCUAGAACCCUGUAUGUUUUACAUCAGACUACUUGUGCCACUUUUAUUUCUUAGGCCAGGCCCUUCCUCCAGGGUUUGGGCAUCUACAUCCUUCCUUUCAAGAGCUGAUCAGGUCUCAUUUUCCCUUGUAAAUGCAGCCAGAAGUAGCAGUGGUGACAUGACCAGUAGCAAUUGAUUCAUAAAUGGCGUAAAUGUAUAUAAGCAUUGAAGACAUACGCUCUCCCUUCAGGCUGUGGCACUUCAAAGCAAUACCUACAAGGACACUUUUCAAAUGUACCUGCUGCCCUGAAUGGUGAUUGCAGGGAAAUGGCACCAAAGUAAGGGAAGGAGGAAUUCCCUAUCACCUCCUAUAGCUGUGCAGCCCUGUAAGAGCCCCACAAGAGAGACUAAACCUAAAGAUCUUUAGGAAGCAGCCUGAAAGUAAGCCUGCUCCAAGGGAGACCAAGGCACAGGAAGAGAGUUCUGGCCAUCCAGUCAUUAUUACAGUGUGUCAUGCAUUGGGACUGCAGUGAUUGCAGACAUUGUUAAUCUAAAAUAUGGUGGCAUAUUGACAGGUGGUGGGAGACUUCAGCUCUUCAGCAACCUAGCCUAAUGUCUGCAGUGUUCAACUGCUGCCAGACUUUGUACUCCUUGUGCAGCUAAAAAACUGUGCUACAGCGAAACUGUGCUACACUGUUCAACUGUACAAUAAUGCAAUGGUCCAAAGUUCUUAAGUCAACACCACCUAUUGGCUUCACUGUUCUUAGCAGUGAAGCAUAAGUUCAUGUGCUAAUACGCAUUCAGAAGCAUAUUAGUUCAUAUGCUAAUAUGCAUUCAUAAUGCAUUAUCAGGAUUGGUGAAUGUAAUUUUCUUAGGACAAAGUGUGGUUAGGACAAACAGUGGUUCAAGUAUUUUAGCUACAUAAAAUGCAGACGCCUUGUUUUCAUUAGUACAACUUACUAAUCAGUUGUUAUCAACAUAACAUUACCUGAGAAAAGCAUCUCUGUCCAGGUGAAAUAAGCAACAUGCUUGAAGAAUCUGAACUGUAAGUAUUUUUAUCUGACAAACAUUAUUGUACUUAGGUUGUUUCGCCUUAAGACUGCUACUAGUGUUGCUUUCGUUGUCACUUAGAUCUCUUACUUAGUUUUCUUAAUAUUAUACCAAAUUUGUGUAUGUUUAAUACCUUUUCAUCUUUCCUUACCUCAAACUCAACAAGUUCUAAUAUGUCUGUAGCUCUUAUUAAAGAAAAAAACCCAAACUGGAUUUGAAUAUAGUUAAUGGACAGUAAUUAGGAUUUUGACAAUAAUAACAAUAACACACAAAUGGCCAUGAACACAUACACUGCUUUCUGGGCUUCCAUGUGUGCUGCUUUUCAGGAUAAGUUGAGCUAAUAGUGCUGCAUUUAGGGAAAGAAACCUGACAUCCUUUCAAGCUUCCAUAACUACACUUCUUUUGGUCAUCUUUUAAUUAGGCAAAAGUUACUGAUUCUCAAGUUCAGUUUUUAAAAUUCAGCUGCCUUUUUUUUUUUUCCAAGUUGCACUUCUCUUCUGAUGUAUGGCUGUUCAAAAUAACCUUGCAGUCUGAGGAUAUGUUUGUAAUGAAGGGCAGAUCCAGUGUGAAUUACUGUCGUAAACGUUUACCCAAAUGCAAGACAGGGCAGUUGCUGAUUCCCCCUGCCGCCACAGUGUUGAGACCAAACCUGGUUACAUCACAGCUUGCGUUUUACUCAAACAGAAAGGGACUUGGAAGAACAUCAUUGUAGGUGGUGACUGGGGUGGGUGUUGCUUCAGAAUGGGAGAAUAUCCUAUCUUCUCAUCAUCUGAUUGGUGUUAAGGUUCAAACAUUAUUCAAGACUUCCUUAAAUGUUAGCUUAGAGCAUUCUAUACUUUCAUCUAAAAUGGUUCAUUAUGGUUAUUUGAUGUUUACAACAUAUCUAUCCGAACAGUUUCUAGCGAUGCUCUUCUGUUAUAUUCCUUUAGCAAACUUCAGGCAUUUGCUGUGCUGCUGGGUUAUACAAGUUUUUUUCUCACAUCAGAGCCACCUUAUCUUCUCCUAUAAUUUUUUUCUUUACUUGUCACUAAACCUUUCUGUUCUAUUUGCCUAAUUAAAAUCUAAGUCUGAAAAAGGUGGGUGGGGGGAGGGAUAUCUGUAAAAACUGCUUUUUCUUUCUGUGCCUGGGUUAAGUCAUGUUUAUCUUUUGCCUUUUGUGGAAGCAUUAAACAUUACACUAAUAAAUAAAUUAUAAAAUAAUACGGUAUGUUUUUUGUCUGUGUAUACCUCUCAAUAAAAUUGUAGCUGCUGCAAAUCUCUGCAUUUAGGCAGAACUAAUCCUCUUAGCAGUACAGAAGACCAAACCAAAAUUAAGGACUACCACAGCAUGAAAACUGGAAAAAAAAACCAAACCCAAAACCCCACAACCAACAACAAAACCCUAGUGAAGAUAGAUAGAGAAGAUAAUAAGCAAUAUUUAGGAGGAGGAGCUAAAAGCUCAGCUGACUUAAAGCAAUUCAAUGUUAUAAAAAAACAACUGUUCUGAUUUGUGCCAGUAGAAGACUUGGCAUAAAGUCCUGAAGUGAAACUAUAGUGUAGGGCUGCCCCACUGUCUCUUGGUGCCCUGGUUCCGUGCUCAUUCCAACUGGGCAUCAGGAUAGGGCAUGUGGCUGUGGCACCUCUUCCUGAUCCUGGAGCCUCACCUUGCUCUUAACAAGAAUCAAACCACCUGAAUUUGGUAGCAGCAGAACAGUUCUGACAGUCACAGCUGAAACAGUUUAAGCAGUACACAGGACUGCUUUAUCUGACAAAACACAACUAAGAGCCAACAAGUGACAAAUUGAAAUAGUAUCAAUAUGGACAUUCUGCUACAGUCAAGAUGACUUUUGAGGAAAAAAAAGUUUAACACAAGUUAUUUUCUUCAGUAGAAGAUGUAAUAACAAUUUUAGAUGGCAAUGUGUCUCUUUCUGUACAGAAACCCUUCAUUUUUGUACACAAGCAGCACUCAUGAAGCAUGGGAGUACAGAUUCAUCUGUAAAUGAAGAAUGUGUAUUUCCUACCUAUACCUCAAAGCACUAAAUAUCAAUGUUAAGCAGCACAGAGAAAAGUGUAUAUAUAAUAGUGAAACAGGAACACUGCUAACUCAUUAAUCAUUAACCAUGACUAGCAUGUAUGUACCAUCUCACAUGAAAAAUGUUUUUUGGAAGGUCUAUUAAAGUGGGUUGGAACCACAUUAGCAUGGAAGCAUAGAUUGUUGUAUCAAACCCCUAUUUUGUUCCACAUACAUACAAUCAAAUUCCAGAAGGGCAGGCUUCUGACUAAUUUAAGCUUAAUUCAUACCACCACCUUGUAUUUUCAAAUAGCACUUUGAACCAAAGAAGAGGGCUCAUUUAAUUACCUGUUGGAUGGUAUUCAACCCACCAGAUAGAUAUGCACUGGGAAAAGUUCCAUCCAAGUUCUCAAAACUGUCGGCUUUUUGUUUGUUUGUUUUUAAAUUUCAGGCCUACAAAACCUAUGCCUCCUAUUCAGUAUUUUAACCUUGAUAGUUAGGUUAUUGAGGUAAGCAAUCACAUGCUAACUGACAUUGCGACAGCUCAGAUACAAAAGUAGAAUGUGUCAUUAGAUCCCUCAGACAUAACAUUCCUUGGAACAUGACUAGUUCACAGCAAAACCCAUUAUCUAGUGAUCCUACACCACAGCUACUGGAAAAAAACCCUACUGUCUCACUCAAGUUAAUUUCAGCUAUGCAUAGCAACAGGAAAAGAGUGUUUAAUCUUUACAGUAUGUUGCCCAUGAUAAAUUCUAGAACCUUAAAACCAAACAUCUGAAGACACGACAAUUAAAAAAACCCAGUUUUGAAAUUACUGAUUUUUAAGACACACUUCUAAGAAAGCAGAAGUCUAUUCACCCACUUAAAACAGGUGAGGAUAAAACAUUAUGGUAAGUUAUCUUCAAGAAUGGUUUAACAACAGAAAAAGAAUUAAUUACUGUAAUAUUAGUGAUAUUAGAGCACGUGUAUUUAGUGGAUACAAAACUAAAGAAUUAUGUGUAUGCAGUAUUAAGAAUUAAGGCCAGACAGGUUAACGUACAACUCCCAUUUACACCCAGCAUCUUUAAGGCUUUCCAAGAAGGCUACUGUUCCAGGAUUCAGCAGGACACAAAGCACAGAGAACCAUGGCCAAGAUGUUCCGUCUAAAAAUAAUGCAUUUGGCACAUACAGCUGCGGGGGGGGGGGGGCAUAUUUGACAGCUCAGUUCAAACCUAUAGCACAGAGAUCUCACUGGCUGCCUUGUGUUUCCAAAACUGGCAUUAGUAUGGAUUAGAAAACCUUUAUAAUUACAGACAGAAUUCUCUUCAAAGGAAAGAUAUGCCAGUUAAAUAUGCCAUUUCCCACUAAAAAAAGAAACAUGCACAUUAUAUUAGUAAGGUGUCUAAACUUGAAACCUAGUAAAUACCAACAUUUGUCAAUUCCUCAAGUACACCUACCUCCUGGUGUCUCUGUCAACUGGUAAGGCUUCCAAUUUUAAUUUGCUCAUCUGUUAUAAUGAAUUCCUCUCCCAUUUUUCACUUGGCUUCGAAGGAUCCAAACAGAUAAACCAAGUAACUAGACAAAGGAAACAGUUAUAGUAAUUAUAUACUUCAGUUAUUAUUUAAAACCAGGUAAAAUCUGAGAAUAUUCCAAACCUUAGCAUCCUUAAGGUUUAAAAUACUCUGAGAAACAUGCUGGAAUAACUUGGGGAAAAAGUGAAUCACACUUCUCUGAGGAAAAAAAGAAAAAAUCCUUUCCCAAAAGAAACCCACUCCUCACUACUGUCCUUUAAAGUAGAGCUCUUUGUUUAACUUUUCCCAUCCCUGCAUAAUGUUCCUAUUUGUUUUGACAAAAGAAAAAUUGGAGAAUCAGAGUGGGUCUUUUCUGCAGAUCUGCAUUUAAGCUACCUUGUUAGUACGACACUGCAACGUUUAAGAGACAUCUGACUCACAACGGCAUCUUUUUAACCACAGCACCUGUACAAUGGAAUUGUAUUUAGAUUAAUAGUCACUAUUCAGACUUUUGUGGUAUUAAAGCCAAGAGAUUCCUUAAGCUUAAAAGAACAUUUCUUCCAAAGUAACUUGCACCAUUCAUACACAAAGUUUAAUAUACUGGAAUGUCCCUAGCUAUUAAUACAAUCUAAAAUGUUUAAAUUACAAUUUCACAUUACAACGGUAAGAAAUCACUUAACACAAGAAAGUUUAGUUUGUUCUAAUGCCCCCACCAACAGCUAUUCGUAGUAAUUAACAUUUCAAGGACUAGUUUCUGGAGCCCAUUGCCAUAUCUGGGCCAAUGUCAUUCCUUUACCAUUUCCAAAACUGUUUGCUAAAUGUAGCACUUCAGACUAAGCAAUACCAACCAGUAUCAAAUUACUAGUUUUUCAGUGUUAAGACUGAAUCCCAUGUUACAUACAGUACAUAUAUUUUACAAGGCACACAUUACAGUACCUAUAUCACAGUAGUAUGAAUUACAGCAACUUAAUUAAAAAAAGCUGUACAGAAUACAAAGUUUAUUUUUUCACUAUUUAAAUAAUUUUUGCCCUAGAGUAUAUUGUAAUUGCAAGUGUUACUAUGCUGCAAUUAACAACCUGUUUGCAUCAUUACAAAAUUACAUUUUAAGAAGUUCAUGUAAGUUCUCAGCAGAAAGUCAACUUAUAAAAUCUCAGUUCAGAAGUAUAAUUCUUGAAAUACUUGAAAAGUAAAGUUAGCUUGAAGCUUUAAUUUAGAUGCUCUUUCUGUUCCAGUGAUACAAAAAGUUUAAAAAAUUCAAAGGUUAUUUUAAAGUUCUGAACAUGGACUAAUGCAAGCUCAAAAAGCAAAAAGAAACCAAACCAGUAUGUGAUUAGGAGUAUUUGCAAAUAUUUUAGUGGAAAAUCCCUGACCAUUAACAAUUUUUAGUUGUUGUCUAUAUGCAACCAAACAGUCCGCACAUUUUCUUAAGAACACCUCAUGAUAUCAAAGGAUUAACAAAGGAAAAAAAAUUAGUUCUAAGCUAUAUACAUUCAUAAACAUAUUUUUUCAAUAAUACAGAUUUACACACUAAGCCCUACUGGCUUUUACAUGAUACAUACAAGAGUCCGUUGCUUAUCUGUCUUAAUGAUCAAUUUGACAACUGUGCCAUAAGCCAAGCUCAAAUGGGUACCAUAUGCAACACACAUUCCUUAACAAAUAAAGUAUAAUAGACAAAUUACCAAGAUCUUGCCCCCAAUGUAAUUAAAUUAUUUUGUAGCCAACUAUGGAAAAACAACCCAAAUGUGCAUAUCCACAUGUGUACAUGCCUUUUAGUUCAGAACCUGUCUGUGAUAAAAGGCCCCAGCCUUAUGGCGUCAUCAAAUUUUAACAAGUAUGGUAAUUAAAAAUGCAGUCUUACAGUAAGCAAAAUUUAUGCUGAUAUUCCCUCGAAUGCUACACUUGAGUAUUUCUCACUCAAUUGCCUCAAGAGACUAGUAUUUGUUAAUAUAUGUAUAUUAAAAAAAAAUAAAUCAUUUCGUUCUCUACAAUAGCAGUUGAUUUCCAUAGCACUAUUUAUGCACAAAAGGCUGCAGAUGGGUUUCCUGAAUACUAACAAUUUAUUUUAGACUGUCUAAACUCAGCACUUUAAAGAUUUUGUUCUGUUAGACACAGAAAUACUGUUGCACUCCAGUUGUGAUGUCCCUUUUCCCAAGUUGCACAUGCACAUCUCACUGCAAGCAACAUUAUUAAAGAAGUUUCUUCUCUGCUACAUAAAAGCAUAUUGCACUUGUAGAUAUAAAGCACAGCAACCUUACUUAGAUCAGCUUAUAACUGAUUUCAUCCCUUCAAAAACUCAAAAGCAGCAGAUAAAACCACAGCAUCCGACUAAACUAGACCUUAACCACUAAUUCAAAUAAUGGCAUUCUCUUUAGAUAUGCCUGAUGUUUAAAACUAAUUUUGGCUGUUCUUUAUCAAAAACUAUAGAGGAACUGAUUUACUUUUUUUAGGAUUGUGUAUGAAACUGUGUUUCCAAGCUAAUAAUACUAUGCUAAACAUU